AUGGAAAAUAAACACAAAAAACUUACUCAACGGUUCCUUCUAAGUGAUGCACCGUCGUCAAUUCAAUUAACCACAACAUCAAACUUUUCAAAUAACAACCAGGAGAAUAAAAUGCUUGAAUCCUCUACUAUAAUAACACCACCAUUGACCCCACCGAACAUAAGUAUCGCCAACGAACAAACAACCACUUCGUCUGCCACCAGUCUUCCGAUAAGAAGAAAGGUCAGUCGACGAAAGAACCCAUAUCCAAUUCGCUCACCCGAAAAAAGUUCAGAAGGAAUUACCUUCAAUAUAAGUAUUUACGAAGAAUACCAAAGAAACCCUGCUUCCUUUUACGAGUCAGCACAAAGAACCACAAUAGAGGAUAAUAUUCCUUCGAUUUCUUCUCGUUGGCCAACUUCCGACUCGGAUUCGGAUGAAAAUCACAUCAUUUAUUCAUCAAUAUCAAAUAGCAAUAUAAGUUCACAGCGUGGAAAACGAGCCAAAACAAGUCAAACGCAAAGAACAAGAAGAAACAGAGCAUUGGGAAGAGUGAUUGGUGCCAAUGGAACAAAUGGAGAUUCGACCACAAUAAGAAUCCCACCCCCACUUCCGCCACAAGAAUGGCGUACAUUACGAGAGAAACUCGAAAGUUUAGAGUUAGAUAAUAGCGUGUUGGAAGGAGACUUGCCAGCGAUAUCAUGGAAAGGACCGCCAAUGCAAAUAACUAAUUUACCACAUUACGAUUAUUUGCAACCAACCGAAGCAACGCUAGCAUCAACACUUCGUCUAACGCCUGCGCAAUAUUUGACUUCGAAAAGUUCAAUAAUUUCUGCUGCGCGUCGAUAUGCAAAGCGGGUGAUGCCAUUUAGGAAAAGUGACGCACAGCGCUUACUGCGCAUUGAUGUAAAUAAGUCAAGUAAACUAUGGGAAUUUUUCCGAGAUAUUGGCUGGUUUGAUUAA